AUGGCGGACCUUGUUGACCAUUCCCCCCACCAACCCACCAGAUCGGCCCGCUUAGACACUGCCUCUAAUGUGAUCUUGAUCGACAACUAUGACUCAUUCACCUGGAACGUCUAUCAAUACCUGGUGCUUGAAGGCGCUACUGUCACGGUUAUUCGCAAUGAUGAGACUACAGUAGAGGAGCUCGCUGCUAGGAACCCCACGCAACUGGUCAUCAGUCCCGGCCCUGGUCAUCCCGAAACCGAUGCUGGAAUCAGCAAUGCUGCCAUCCAAUACUUCAAGGGUAAGAUUCCAAUCUUUGGUGUCUGCAUGGGUCAGCAAUGCAUCAUCAAUUCCUUUGGUGGCAAGGUAGAUGUCACUGGAGAGAUUCUGCAUGGAAAGACCUCGGUCUUGAAACACGACGGAAAGGGUGUUUACCAAGGACUACCCACUGUCUUCUCAAUUACUCGAUACCACUCUCUUGCUGGUACCAAUUCUACUGUCCCGGAUACCUUGGAGGUGUCCUCGUCGGCAGAACUCGAGGAUGGCAGCGGUAGCGUCAUCAUGGGAAUUCGACACAAGGAGUUUACAGUAGAAGGAGUGCAAUUCCACCCUGAAAGCAUUCUGACCGAGUACGGUCGUGCCAUGUUCGGAAACUUCCUCAGGCUCACUGCAGGCACUUGGGAUAGCUCUAAGCAAGGAACAGCUCCCUCCACCAAACCUGCUGCUCCCGUCGAGAAGGUGUCAAUCUUGGAUAAAAUUUACGCCCACCGCAGAAAUGCUGUUGCUGAGCAGAAGAAGAUCCCUGCUCUCCGGCCAGAGGCCCUUCAGGCUGCCUAUGAUCUGAACAUUGCUCCUCCUCAGAUCUCAUUCCCUGCUCGUCUAAGACAGUCCAACUACCCUCUGUCACUCAUGGCAGAGAUCAAGCGAGCUUCCCCCUCCAAGGGCAUCAUCUCGGCCGAUGUUUGCGCUCCAGCCCAGGCCCGAGAGUAUGCCAAAGCUGGUGCUAGUGUCAUCUCGGUUUUGACGGAGCCUGAGUGGUUCAAGGGCACAAUUGACGACCUGCGAGCCGUGCGCCAAAGCCUGGAGGGUCUUACCAACAGACCAGCUAUCCUGCGCAAGGAAUUUGUCUUUGACGAAUACCAAAUUCUGGAGGCUCGGUUAGCUGGUGCUGAUACUGUUCUGCUGAUUGUGAAGAUGCUUAGCGUAGAGCUUCUCACUAGGCUGUACCGUUACUCUCAAAGUCUUGGGAUGGAGCCUCUGGUUGAGGUCAACACCCCCGAGGAGAUGAAGAUUGCAGUCGAUCUGGGAUCUGAAGUUAUCGGAGUCAACAACAGAGAUUUGACAAGCUUCAAGGUUGACCUCGCUACCACUAGCCGUCUCAUGGACCAAGUACCAGAGACUACCAUUGUAUGCGCUUUGAGUGGCAUCACCGGCCCCGCAGAUGUUGAAGCAUACAAGAAGGACGGUGUUAAGGCUAUUCUUGUAGGAGAGGCCCUGAUGCGGGCCACCGACACCUCUGCCUUUGUGGCACAGCUUUUGGGGGCCUCCUCUGCACAGGCUUCAUCAUCCAGCGCCCCCCUAGUCAAGAUUUGUGGUACUAGGUCCGCAGAAGCUGCACAGGCUGCUAUUCAGGCCGGUGCUGAUUUGAUUGGCAUCAUUCAAGUUCCAGGUCGAUCAAGAACGGUCUCUGACGAUGUGGCACUUAGCAUCUCUCAGGUGGUAAAAUCCACACCCCGACCGGAUAUUCAUCAACCGUCCGACGCUUCGCAACAAUUAUCAAGCUCAACCGCCUUAGAGUGGUUUGACCACUCAACUGCUGUCCUGCGACACCCCUCCAGGGCAUUACUAGUGGGUGUAUUCAUGAACCAACCUUUGUCAUAUGUUCUUGCUCAACAACAAAAAUUGGAACUUGACGUUGUGCAGCUCCAUGGAUCUGAACCAUUGGAAUGGGCCAGUCUAAUUCCCGUGCCAGUUAUUCGAAAGUUUUCUCCGGGAGAACUUGGCAUCGCUCGCCGUGCCUACCAUACUCUUCCUUUGCUUGAUUCGGGCGCAGGAGGAUCCGGACAGCUUUUGGAUGAGGCCACCGUUCAGAAGACACUCGAUAGUGAUGAAGGGUUGCGAGUUGUUCUCGCCGGGGGGUUGACUCCGGAUAAUGUUGUUGACACUGUCAAGAAGCUUGGAAAGUCCGGAUCAAAGGUUGUGGGCUUGGAUACCAGUUCUGGAGUGGAGACAAAUGGGGCUCAAGAUUUGAACAAAAUUCGUGCAUUCGUGGCAGCUGGAAAAAGUAUUCGUCAGUAA